GUGGGUGCCAAACGCCGCGGAGAGAGACACAAUCCCCAUGCCCAGAUAGCUUGGAGAUCCUGCCCCAGCCCUUUGCCACAGCCCGGAGGACCAUGGCUCCCUUUGGAAGAAACUUGUUGAAGACUCGACAAAAAAGCAGAUCCCCAACUAAAGAGAUGGAUUCAGAAGAGAAGGAAAUUGUGGUUUGGGUUUGCCAAGAAGAAAAGAUUGUCUGUGGGUUAACUAAACGCACCACCUCUGCUGAUGUCAUCAAGGCUUUGCUUGAGGAACAUGAGACUACAUUCGGAGAGAAACGGUUUCUUCUAGGGAAGCCCAGUGAUUACUGCAUCAUAGAAAAGUGGAGAGGAUCAGAGCGUGCUCUUCCUCCACUAACUAGAAUACUGAAGCUUUGGAAGGCAUGGGGUGAUGAGCAGCCUAAUAUGCAGUUUGUUUUGGUUAAAGCAGAUGCUUUUCUUCCAGUUCCUUUGUGGAGAACAGCAGAAGCCAAACUGGUGCAAAAUACAGAAAAGUCGUGGGAACUCAGCCCAGCAAAUUAUAUGAAGACAUUGCCACCAGAUAAACAAAAGAGAAUAGUCAGAAAAACUUUCCGGAAACUGGCUAAAAUUAAGCAGGACACAGCUUCCCAGGACCGAGAUAGUAUGGAAACAUUAGUUCACCUGAUUAUCUCCCAAGACCAUACCAUUCAUCAGCAAGUCAAGAGGAUGAAAGAACUGGAUCUGGAAAUUGAAAAGUGUGAAGCGAAGUUCCAUCUUGAUCGUGUAGAAAAUGAUGGGGAAAAUUAUGUCCAGGAUGCCUACUUAAUGCCCAGUUUUAGCGAACUUGAGCAAAAGCUAGACUUUCAUCCUGAUGAAAACCAGAUUCCCGAGGAACUAAGUGAGAAUGAUGGGAUUUCACAGCUAGAAGAAAGACUCACAUAUUACAGAAUGCUCAUUGACAAGCUCUCUGCUGAAAUAGAAAAAGAGGUACAAAGUGUUUGUAUGGAGAUAAACGAAGAUGAAAAAGGGGCAGCUGCAAGUGAACUUGAAGACUCUAACCUAGAAAGUGUUAAGUGUGAUUUGGAGAAAAGCAUGAAAGCUGGCUUAAAAAUCCAUUCUCACUUGAGUGGCAUCCAGAAAGAGAUUAAAUACAGUGACUCAUUGCUUCAGAUGAAAGCAAAAGAGUAUGAACUUCUAGCCAAGGAAUUCAGUUCUUUUCAUAUUAGCAACAAAGAUGGGUGCCAGGUAAAAGAAAAUCAGGGGAAGGAAUCAGAGGUUUCCAACAGCAGUGAAGAAGUUGCUCCCUUUACUCAAAGAGUAUUUCACAUGUACACAAAUGACACAGACUCAGAUACGGGCAUCAGCUCGAACCACAGUCAGGACUCAGAAAUCAAUGCAGGAGAUGUGGUGCUCAUGUCAACAUAACUUGCAUGGCUUCUUGCUGAUCUAUUGUAAUGCUUAGUUUGUUUAAUUUAAUAGGAUGGUUUCAUUUUAAAUACUCCAUGCUGGAGAAAAGAAAAAAAACUCAGUGGUUUAAUAAAGCGUAGACUUGUAUAAGUUGGUUUUUGAUUAGAGCUUUCCACUGUGAUCUAAAUGUUA